AUGCAGGGAAAGGCACUAGCCCUGGAGUUGGAAGAGACACUCGACAAUGUCCCAGAGGACAACCAGAACACAGGAAAACUAGAUAAUGCCCCAGAGGGCAAUAAGGACACAAAGCAUCAAGACAGCUACCUAUGGCAUGAGAGGUUCAGACACCCAGGACAAGACAAAAUGAAACAAAUCUGGGCUCAUUACCUAGGUACCAAUGAGGAAAUGGGACAUGAGUUGAAGCACUGUAAUACUCGAGCAUGGAUGGGCCAAUCAGAGUCAGAAAGAAUGGAAGCACCAUUAGAGCUGGUACACAUAGACCUGAUGACAGAUUUCAAAGGUCAUGCCAACUACCACUAUGCACUAGUUGCUGUGGAUGACUUCUCCUCUCUGAUCUAUGUGGAACCACUCUGCACCAAGAGUGCUGCACUCAUGGCGCUGAGGAGGUGGAUAGCCAGGAUGGAACAGGCAAUGGACAGGAAACUCAAAAUGCUCCACAGUGACAAUGGAGGAGAAUGGUGCAGCAUAGCAGCCGAAGACUGGCAAACUCAAGAGGGUUUCAAGUGGCAAAAGAGUGUCCUGGGGAUCAGUGUCCAAAAUGGAUGGGCAGAGAGAGUGAUCAGAGAGUUGUGGCCAUAUGCAAUCACAGCAGCAGCACACAUGAUGAACCUCACCCCAUCAGCCACCAAGACCAUUCCCCAUGAGGCCUUUUAUGGAACCACUGUGCACAAACUGGCCCAACAGCUGCGAGUUUUCAGGUGCCUGGCAUGGGUCCAUGUUCAAUGGAAGGACCAGCAAGGCAAGUACAGGGCUAGAGCAAAGCCAGCCAUCAUGAUUGGGUAUGAUGAUGAGCACAAAGCAUGGAAGUUCUGCAACCUGGACCAGCCCAUGUCAAUUCAAUGGAGCAACUCAGCAAUGUUCCAUGAAGACAAAGGAUGGAGUGAUUGCCAGCAGGAGGCAUGCAAGCCCAUGGGAGUUGAGGAGGAGGGUGCUGCACCAACCACAGUGGAGGAGGAGACCAGAUUGGAGGCCAUGGUGGAGGACCUCCUGCCAACCAUGGACAGCACAGUAGGUGCUGCCAACACAGUGGUGCUGAACCUGGACCCAACACUUGGAGAGGCAAUGAAUGGUGAGGAUGCCCAGCUCUGGAAGGAGGCAAUAUGA